AAUCUGUUUUUCUUUUGAAAUUGUAAGUUAAUAAACCCCGUUUCCCCCAUAACCCUUUGUUCUGCGUUGAACUCUGUCUCUGAGACUCUCCCUACCUUCGUCGCUUUCACUUGGAGCAUAUACCUGUUCGGCUAGAGCAACAAGAUCCGAAGUUGUGGUCUCAUUUCUCACCUUUGAAGUCUCUUUGGUUGUUUGUUUCUAUCUGUUGUCAUUUUCUUUGCGGAGAGGUCAAGCAUAGCAUAUUAAAUUUAAGUAUACUCCAGUCGUGAGUUUGGGUUCAUUUUCAAAGAUAAUCUUCAUUGCACGAGUCCAUCAGCCAUUGAGAAAAGAUGAGUCGAGGAAGUGGAGGUGGAUACGAUCGUCACAUCACUAUUUUCUCCCCAGAGGGGCGUCUCUUUCAAGUGGAGUAUGCUUUCAAGGCUGUUAAGGCUGCUGGGAUCACCUCCAUUGGUGUUCGAGGAAAGGAUUCUAUUUGUGUUGUUACUCAGAAAAAGGUUCCGGAUAAGCUUCUGGAUCAGACAAGUGUUACACAUCUCUUUCCCAUCACAAAGUAUCUUGGUUUAUUGGCGACUGGCAUGACGGCUGAUGCUAGGACACUGGUUCAACAAGCAAGAAAUGAAGCUGCAGAGUUUCGCUUUACGUAUGGAUAUGAGAUGCCUGUGGAUGUAUUGGCUAAAUGGAUUGCAGACAAAUCACAAGUCUAUACUCAACAUGCUUAUAUGCGACCACUUGGAGUUGUUGCUAUGGUUUUGGGUAUUGAUGAUGAAUAUGGGCCUCAGCUUUACAAAUGUGAUCCGGCUGGUCAUUACUUUGGUCACAAGGCCACAAGUGCUGGAUUGAAGGACCAAGAAGCAAUUAAUUUCUUGGAAAAGAAGAUGAAGAAUGAUCCUUCAUUUACCUAUGAGGAGACAGUUCAGACUGCCAUUUCUGCCUUGCAAUCAGUUCUUCAGGAGGAUUUUAAGGCCACUGAGAUUGAGGUUGGAGUGGUGGGCAAGGAGAAUCCAGAAUUCCGAGUUUUAUCCACCGAGGAGAUUGAUGAGCAUUUGACUGCAAUAAGUGAGCGAGACUGAGUUCUUGAUAAGGAUGUGACUAUUCAAACUUUCUGAUGCUAGAUUAAAUUAUGUACUUUUUUCUGCGAUCGUGGAACUGGUCUCCUUAUGAUAUUUGAGUACAAGUUACACAAGAACGUUAAAGAAUCUACUUGCUUUCUUAUUACAUAUUUAUUUGUUGGGACCACAUUUUACGUUCUGCCCAAUCUCACCGUAGACUCUUAAACAAGAAUUGUUGGGGAUUUGAGCUUCGGCGCAGCAUGUUCUGAUGAUAUCUUUUUCUUUAUUAUAACUAAAUGACUAUUCUACGAUAAUU